AUGACUAUUGAUCAUUCUAAUGAUAUGUAUAAUUCAGUUAAACAUUUACCAUUUGCUGAUGGUAAAUUUACUGCAACUCCAAAAUAUCCUCAUCAAUUUGAAAAUUUUAAAUUAUCAAAAACAGAUCAACCUGUUACUUUAUUAAAUAUUCAUAAUACAGAAAUUGAUCAAUUACCAAUUAAUUUACUUAAGGUAUUACAAGAUGAAUUUAAUUAUAUAAUAGAAGAAGGUAAAACCUAUCCUCAUGAAUCAUCAAUGAAUGAUAUAAAUGAAUUUAAAUUAUAUUGGUUCAAACAUUUUGCUUCAAUACUUUUACAAGGAACAUUUACAAAUAUGAAAGAUUUACAAGAUGAUGUUAAUUUUAAUUUUAAAGACAUCUUUCUUGGAACUUUUUACAUUAAACCUAAUUAUAUUGGAAGAUGUUCACAUGUAUGUAAUGCAGGGUUUAUCGUAAAUCAUGAAAAACGAAGAUUAGGUCUUGGUAAAGAAUUAGGUAAGAAAUAUUUACAAAUAGCUCCAAAGUUGGGUUAUAUAUAUUCAGUAUUGAAUCUUGUAUUUGAAACUAAUAUUGCAAGUUUAAAAAUUUGGGAUAGUUUAGGUUUCGAAAGAAUUGGAUAUAUUAAAAAUGUAGCAGUUUUAAAAGGUAAUGACGAUAAAUUAGUAGGAGCUUAUAUGUUUGGUAAAGAUUUACAAUAG